GAGAGAGAGCAUUCCGUUCUAUCAGAAGCUCUGUUCCUCUCUGUUUGUUCCCCUUAAUUUUUCCUUCACUUUCUCGGGAAAACAUAUCAACAGAGGGCAUUUUCCAGGAAAGUUCUGUGAGAAUCACGUUUGCCUAAAUGUUGAAGUUGUCCUGGUCUUAGAAGAUCUGGAGCUCGUGAAGAUUCGGAUAUUGUAGUGAGAGAGAGAGAAUUUUUCUGUUUAACUGAGAGAGAGAUAGGAUUGGUUUCGUCUCAUUGAAUUUAAUACAGAAAUCGUGAAUUCUGGAGAGAAAGAGAGAGAUUGGAGUUCAUAGAUGCAUUUGAAAAGUUUUGAAGGUGUUAUUCGAACGAAUUUGGAGUGGUUUUGGUUUUGAUUUCUCAGUUGUUUGUGAAGAUUUCAAGUGUUUCACUGAAAUACUAAAGAGAGAGAUUAUUGAGAGGUACAUUUCUCAGAGACGAGUCUGAACUGCAAAGAUCAGUUUCUUGGUUCUAGAGAUCGGAAUUGAAUACGAAUUCGUUCAAAUAAGCCAUCAAUUUGAAGAUACAUAUAGUUCGAAGAUUCAAACUACAAAAGCUUGUGUUGAUUUUCGUUGUGGUAGUAACAAAUCUGUCGAAAUUCAGGCCUUGAAGUUUCAUUUGAUGAUCUACAAUCUGUUCAAGCCUUCCUGAUUUUUCGAAGUGAAGCGACUUGAUUCUUCUUUCUGUAUCGGCUUUGUUUGUCGAAGACGAAGUUGAAAGUUUCAGGUGUGAUAAAAAAGGAGAUGGAGAGGAAUAAUAAUAGCAACCACAAUCGAGAAAGAGUAGGAGGAGUACUAGGUGGUGGUGGUGAUCAUGGAUUUACAACAACAGCAACAACGUUAAGAACAUCCUCAUCGACCUAUCAUCAGUCGGAGGUGACGAGAUCGACGGUGACGGCGUCGUCUGAGUUCGUUCUGCAGUGGGGGAACCGGAAGCGGCUCAGGUGUAUGAAGAUCCAGGUGAAGGACAACAACAAUAACAACAAUGACUCGGCCUCGGCCGCUGCGCCGGUUCACAGGACGACCACGGUUCGCGUGGACCGCCGGGUUGUUAGAUCCGAUGCCAAUAACAACAAGGGAUCGGGUUUGAAUCAACCCGUCAUCACCAACAAUAAUACUAAUGGAUUUCUCAAUCUCCGGCAACGUCCCUCUUCGCCGUCUCGUCGAAUUCUCAGGAAUUCAGAGGGUUCAAUUGGUAUGAAGGGACAUCACGGCAACGGUGUACGGGGACUGGCGUCACCGGAGAGAGGGGGUGCGCAGGAUAAGAGGGGUACAGCUCAUAAUAGCAACAUGGGCAAUAAUAACAACCACAACCAUAUUAGUAAUGAAAAUAACAACCAUAUAAAUAAUAAUAAUAAUAAUGGUGGGUCGGCAUCGUCGGAGACGGCGCACGAUAGCAAGAGGGGUGGGUCGUCGUCGGGGAGUGAUGCGAUCCCGAUGGUGUGGCCGCCGAAGUUUGUGAUCGCGUUGACGAACAAGGAGAAGGAGGAGGAUUUCAUGGCGAUCAAAGGGUCGAAGCUGCCUCAAAGACCCAAAAAAAGAGCCAAGUUCAUUCAACGAACCCUCAACUUGGUAAGUCCAGGGGCAUGGUUAUGUGAUUUGACCUUGGAACGAUAUGAAGUUCGGGAGAAGAAGAUCUCUAAGAAGAGACCAAGAGGGUUAAAGGCUAUGGGGAACAUGGAGUCUGACUCGGAAUAGUAGGAACUGUGGAACAAUUAAUUGGUAUGUUUGUGUUGUUGAAAGGAAGGAAGGUGAUUCUGAUGGUGAUUGAUAAAUAUGUGGUUGGGCUUUUUUUUUUUUUUUUUAAAAGGUUGUGACCUUAUUUUUCAAGAACAGUGUAUUUGUUGAGAAGCUGAAAAUAGUUUAGUCAUAUGAUUCCUUUAA